AUGGAGGGACUGGGACUGGGUCCGGGAGAGAGCUCGAAUAACGUUGCAGAGACAGUGUUAGAAACCCUAAGAACCAGAGGCUGGUCUCUUGGCGACAUCGAUCAAUUAAACGCCCUGAUCUUUAUUCACUCUGCUUUAUCCGAUGACGGCGAUCCAUGUACCGUCGCAAAUUCACUCGAGUCCGAGCUCCUCAACAUGGACCUUAGAUCCAUCGGAGCCAAGUCCUUACCCGACCCAAACCUCCUCAACAAAACCCCCUAUCUUCACGGCCCCAAAAUCCUUCAGAUAACUGCGAUAGAAUAUUCUCAUAUUCCUUCAAUUCCUAAUGAUAUUGUUCCUGGUUCUAAGGUUCGGUUGGAAAAUAAAGCUCCAGUACAUAGUUGUAUUGUAUGUUUAAAUCCUAAAGUUAUAACUGUACUAGGAGGUAUUGUUCAAUCACUUUAUGAUGAAUGGGAAAUGAACCGAAAAUACUCAGGCGUCUCACGUUUAUCAUUAAGGCUAUCACAGGAAACUGAUACUGGUGGUCCUCCUUUGUUCGAGAAGUUGAAAGCUGGAGCACCCUCUCGUCGCUCUCCUCAACUAGGCAGACUUUCGGAAACCAAUAUGUUUUCUGCUGUUUCUGAUUUUGAUAACGUCCUUGUGUUCUGGUUUUGCAACAUGCCCCAUCUUGUUUUUGAGAGUGGGGAUAGGAACCUUCAUAAACAUAAUGGUCAAGUUGUUGCUUCAGUGUCAAGUGCAAGCAUGGGUUUAAGUCUUGAAAGUAGAUUUUCUGCUCACACUAAAGAUUACUUUGAGUCUACCUCCAGGCAAGUUACCACAGAAAGUAGUGGAAACACUGAAGUUAUACCUCUUGAUGCUCAGAGAAAAGCAGAUAGCAUUGAUUACAAAGUGAAAAUAGCUUCCCUCAAAGCAAGUCACAAAGAAAAUCCAAGAAACUCUCAAUGGAGGUCAAAGGAAGAUUACCAUGGGUCUACCUCCAAGAGCAAUAUGCCUACUGUUGCGCAAACUUCUGGAAAUACUGAACUGAGGCCAAUGGAUACACGGCAGAAAGUAGAUGAUGAUAAGGAGAGAAUAGUUUCCUUCAAUGAAAGUCUUGAACAGAAGCCAAGUGACACUACUGCAAGACAGAAGGGAGUAUUUGAAUCAGCUCCUGUUCAAAACCAAGCAGCUGCUCAAAAGUUACUCCUGAAAAUGAAUCACCACCCUAAUGAAGGCGAUCAGCAUUUAAAAGGUCGGAAAUAUAGGGGGAAGAGUAAACAAGAAGAAUCACAAGUUUUCACUCUGGGGGAGUGGGAAAAGAGGAAUGCAGGGCCACAGCCUCUGACAAAGAAGGAGCUUCCAGCUACUAGUCAUGAUGAGGAUCUUGCUUGGCGGCUUCAGAACCAACUUGAUGUGGAAGAUUUUCAUAACAUGAUGGAGGAAGAGGAAGAGGAAGGGGGAGAGGGAGAGGAAGGGGAAAGGGGAGGGGAAGGGGAAAGGGAAGGGGAAGGGGAAGAUUUAGUUAAGCUUGUGGAACCUUAUUAU